AUGGCCGCUUAUCAAUUCCGUGACAUGUACCGGUACUUGGUACUGACCAUUUCUUUGUUUGGAUUUAUGAUCAUCUCUUCCAAUACAUUCGCCUUUAAUUUGGCUGUUGUUUGUAUGGGGUCCACAGAAAAUAAUACUGUAAGUUUAUUAGAUGAUUUUUUAUCCUUAUUUUUUUUUUGAUAUCAUUUUUCCUCCUUUCAGGUGCUUGAAUCUUUCCCUCCAAUUGAUUACAGUCCCUAUGAAGUCAGUCAGAUCAAUUGGGCAGUCGGACUUGGCACUGCCUUAGCUACGAUCCCUUUUUCAGAGCUGUUCACUCGAUUUGGGGCCAGAAUUCCUUUCUUGAUCGCCUUGAUUGUCUCCUCGAUUGCCACCUUCCUGUUCCCAUUUGCAGCUGAAUACAACUUCUACAGUAUGCUCUUUCUUCGUUUCCUUCAAGGUUUCACCUUCGCGGCAGAUUUCUCUUCCAUUGGCCUGGUUACUUCCAAGUGGGCCUCUCUGAAACAGUCCGGCUUCUUUUUGUCGGUCCUCUGUUGCUAUGUGGCCUUAUCGACAGGCCUGACGAAUUCCAUUGGUGGGAUGAUUUGUAAGUCCUCAUUUGGAUGGCCGUACGUCUACUUUGGCCAUGGGGCUAUCGGGAUUAUAUUGUCCGUUUUGUGGUGGUUGGUCUACGAAGAUAAACCAAAUGAAUGCGCGAGGGUUUCGUCGGUGGAAUUGGAGAAAAUUCAACGAAACAGGAACAUGAAUGAGAUCAAUGGAAGUGCGGAGCCAAUUCCUUACAAGGUAGGCCGUCUUAUACGAUCAACCAAUCACAAAGAAAAAAUAAGCGAAAACUGAUGAUGGUCAAGACAUCUUGAUAAUAUUCCCUUUCAGCAACUCCUUCGAGAUCCAAUCAUUUGGUCGUUCUGGCUUAAUGGAUUUGCUGAGAUUUUGGCUUCAGCCUUUGUCCAAAUGUAUGCAGCCUACUACAUCAAAAACGCGCUCCAUUUCGGAGUCGAGGCUACUGGAUAUCUCUCCGGGUUAACCACAGCAGCUCAAUGCCCAACCCGACUUGUGUUUGGGUUCCUGGCUGAUAAAUGGAGAACUGUUGGAGAGGAUUUCAAAGUUAAAUUGUUCAACACCAUCACACUUUUUGGAGGGGGGAUCUUUAUGUUGGCCAUUGGUUUAUGCCCCGAGCAUCUUCCAAUCGUGGCCGUUGUUGCUUUCGUUUGUUUCAAUCUGGUCACCGGCUUCUCUACUGUCAGUUUCUGCAAGGCCAUUGUUUUGUAUUCACGGUGAGUCUUUAUAAUACCUGGAAACCCCUAGUCCAGAGGUACCCAGAGCCUUAGCUAGCCACUUUCUGCUAUAUGUAUCUAGUAAUGAUUAUUUUUUGAAUUUGUUUAAAGAUUCUCAAGUUUAAAAUUUUAAAUUCCUUUUUUUAGACAACAUGGUCACUUCGUAAUGGGCGUAUGCCAAUUUAUGAACUGUGUGGAGAUGUUCCUUGGCCCCGCGAUGGUAGCUUUCUUCGUCCAUGACGAGACCAACAAGACCGAAUGGAUCCCCGUUUUUGGAAUCAUGUCUGGGUGUAUGAUCUUGGCUUCAAUCGUCUUCCUGAAAUGGUCCAGCGCCCAUCCUCCUGCUUAUAUUGCUGAAGGGAUGUUUGUGGAAGAUGAUAUUGAGAAAGCCAAAAACAUUGCCGUUAAUGCUGUGGUCCCAAUUCAAGUGGAUCAAUUGAAUGGAGUUCCUCAGAAGACUACUGCAUAA